UUUAGUUCCUAAUUCUAAUAAUAAAUUUAAUGCAAAAGCAGUAUGCAUUUUUUGUAAUUCAAAUAAUAGAGGAGUUCAAGUAGCAGCGUUAAUACCUAGAUGUUAUAUAACUAAUAAGACUAAUUUAUGCUAUACUUAUUUGACAAAUUGUAACAAUUUUAAAGAAGCAUAUACUAAUAAAGAAGUAAAAGAAAUCUUAUUCCAACCAGUAUCUGAAGAUAAAUGA